AACAACUAUUUUAAUUUUGUUAAUCAUAUUUCAGAUACGGAGCCUCCAGUUUUCACUGAUUGCCCAAGCGAUGUCUUAAUUGAAACCGGCGAGUCUGAGGUUCGUGUAAAUUGGCCGCAACCCAAGGUUACAGACAAUUCUGGUGCUCCUCCAAUUCUCACUUCAAACCGACAUAGUGGUUCUCUUUUUAGUGCUCCUGGUUCAUACGAAGUGACUUAUAGGGCAGCAGACUCGUCUGGAAAUGUAGCCACAUGUAGCUUUCGCAUAACUCUGAAGAGUAAGUAAAAAGUUUGUGUUGGGCGACAUGUGGCAAUCUCGACCCAGAGCUCUUCUACGCAUGUCGAGGAGAGAGAUCGAGAGCGCAUUCCCAAACCCGUAAGCACUGGGGUCGAGAAUGCGACACAUGGGUGAAAUACACCCUACCUUUCCAGCCUCCUCCUUAGGCGCUUCGUUUUUCGCAUGGUAAAGGUGAGCGCGAAAAGCGAAUGACUUAUGAUGAACCGCAAGGAGCCAUGGGAAGAGUACAGACGGCAGGCGAAGCGCGUGUCGCGCGUUGUCUCCUUCCCACCUUCCUUUAGGCGCACAUUUUCAUAGAGAGCGAGAGAGACGUCUGGGUACGAGGCAGCUACCUUUCUUUACUCCCUUUAGUUAACUCUCUAUAAGACGGACAUCUCUCUAAGACGGACACCUAGUGCCUGGGGGGCGUUAUUCCUAGGAAUUCUCGUUAGGGGUGUGCCGCCCAGUUCUUCAAAUCCUGACCCGAUUUCAGAAACGUUCAUACACGCCUCGAAAACCAUACCCGAUUCCAGACCAAAAUGGGCAAAGUGUAUACCCGUUUUCAGACCAAAACGGCGCACAAACCCUACCCCUGGGGCGGCCUUUACCUAUAUGGCUUAUAUGAGGGAGUACCCCCCCGGACACUUAGUGCCGGUCCUAAAGGUGUCCCGCGUCUUAAAGAGAGUUGACUUUACAUGAAUGUCCGUACCAUUUUUUUUUUGUUUCUUUCUUUUUUAUUGAGAAAAUCUCAGAUGUGAUUAGUUUUAAAAGAGUGAAACUGAAAUUGUUGUCCUUACCAUCAUGUACAUUAUGUUUGCUGACUGACCAGGCUUUCCAAAAGAGGGGACAGACAGGGCCAUGAAGCUUAAUGCCAAAAUUAGUGAGAUCGCAAGUCCGAAGACUGUUUUUGACAAAAAAUUACCAGCCUUGUCUGCCAUUUACAUAGACAAACCCGUCGGUCCACGGUUUGGACAAGUAGUGAGCAAAAUGUAGGACUGGUAGAUUUUGUCCCCGAAUAGCGUUCCGUGGUUUGCCGAAAAACGGCCGCGAAGUGGGAGGAGGGGAGAGGGGGAAGCGACGAGGAUAUUUUUUAAAGAGGCGAAAUAUUUUCAUAUCCCCCUAAUUUACACAGAAUUUUUUUGAUACCCCCUUCCCCCCUUCUUUACUAAACUGAGAAAAAUUCACAACCCUCCCCCUCCCAGUUUUAAUGAGGAAAGUAAAUUGUGGGCAGUAUGACGACAGUGAUAAUGAUGAUAAUGAGAAUAAAAACAAUCCGUGACGUGGAAAAAUAAUAUAUAAUAACUGACUCGUCCCCAGUCGUCUCUCUUGAGAAAGGAGAGAAGCGCGAGGGGUGAGGGGCUCUCUCCUUUCCUCCUUCCCAUCACCCCUCGCGCUUCUCUCCUUUCUCAAGAGAGACGACAGGGGAAGAGUCAGGUAUAAUAAUGUGGAUAGCGCUGGUUGACUGCACAAAGUAAAGGACAUUACAGUUUUAGUCGUAACCACAAAAACAUCCUUCACUGAACUAGACAAUAAGGAACUUCACUUGUGUAGCGGUUUAUCAGUAACGUUACAAAUACUUACUCUUUCAAUGGCAUCUAAAAGAAUUGGCAUCCCCCCUUCCUGCCUUCAGAAAUUUUUACCAUCCCCGGUCUUUUCUCUUCAAAAAAUGAAUACAGCCUAAGUUUUGAAGAAAUGCAAUUUCUUUUGGAACAUUCCCACCUGGAAAACAGGACUACCUUUUAAAAAAUUCCGUUGCUCCCGGAAUUUUUCAACUGGAACUACCCGCAAAGUCGUGUUCUAUUUACUUUUCAAGCGGAUAUUUCCAGAAACUGUUUCGAAAUGGUUAACAAUCAAAGACAUAUUCAACACUAAUUUGCUUUGCACAGGGCUUUGGCACCUUCUUUUCUGCUGUUAUUUGCAAGUUUUUCUAAACUAUUGAUUUAAUGGUCUUUAAUGUGUAGUUGCCCUCGGCUUAAUUCCAGGAGCUGAUUACUGGUUGGGGUGCCGGGGAGGGGGGUGAAAUUAACAGUUAACUGAUGACAAAAAUAGAGGUUAGUCCCAAUGUCUCAUAUAGACAUCUCAGUUGUAUGCCGGGCUCCUAUUUUCUCAAAAGCUCACAGGAUUAUUCAAAGAAGGACAGAUCCAAAGCCGUGAGUGCUUUCUUGCAGUUUAAGUCUUAAUUUCAGGGCGUUUUCCAUUUGUCAGUAAACUGUCCGGGCAGACCCUUCCCGUCGUAAUGAGAAUUUCACUUUUAAUCAAAACUAUUCAGCCAGAUCAUUCAAAUCCUAAAUGGUAUACCCGAAUGAGAUGGUGCUUCAGCAAGCGGAAAAAACCUUUGGAAAAAGCCGAUUUCAUUUGCUAACUAACUGCUCCGGUCGGCUAGUUCUAUUCUGACAAAUGGAAAGCGCUCUAGGACUCCGCUAAGAAGCUGUCUGAAGCGCUCGUUUUGUAACCUCAUAAGGAACAUGAGCUCACUUAUCAUUUCAACAUAACUUAUAAACGCUUGUUGCAUCUAAAUUAGUGUGUAUCGUUUUCUAUUUAUAUCUGUUUUCCAUGAAUUUACUACUUUUCGUUAACAGAGAAAACUUGCCCCAGUUAUCCUCCCCCUACAAACGGAGCCCUUGCCUGUUUGGACUUAAGUGAUGACCCUACAUGUGCUGUGAUGUGUAAAGGCGGCUUCGACUUUGUCUCAGAUCCCGCAUUGCUGUAUUUGUGCAGCCGAGGACAAUGGAUCAUGCUCGGCAGUCCUCAGGGGGGAGGAUUACCUUGGCCCAGCUGCUCUGGUAAGAUUUUCAUCAACAUGGGAACUACUAGACUGCAAAACAGUCCUUAUCUUUGCGUAUUCAAGUACGUUCGCGUGUGAGACUCUUAGCUACGCUAAUCCGAUUUUGAGGGAAAAAAAGCCCGACUGUUUUGCGGUCUAGGCAACUACAGAGAAAAAGCAAAAGCCGAGUUCGAUACCUAACUCAGUCAGAGCAUAACAGAACUAUUGAGCUUAUUGUCGAUUAAAAAACUUUCCAAGGAGGAAGCUUUAAAUUUUUUAAAACGCUAGAAAUGCAUCUCUUCAAACCGUUUCUGAGUACCCUGCAAACAGAGGCUACAUUUUCGCGGUAUGAGCUGGAGUGCGAAAAGUAGCUACUUUUCGCACGCCAGCUCGUAUACCGCGAAAAUGUAGCCUCUGCUCGCAGGGUAGCUUCCGUUGAACGCGAUCAAUUUUAUUUUCAAGUGCACCGAACGAAUUUUUUUAAAAAACAACUCUUCGAAGGAGCAAAUAUUGAGUUGAAUUUCUAAAGCACGAGAGAAGCUAUAACAUUUCAAUUCAUGUGACAAAUUUGGAGUGUUUCUAUUAAUUUACCUACGCUUUUCGGAGAUUGUAAUCUCACUUUUUUUUUUACCAAGAUAUUGCAAUUAUUGUUAAAAAAAAAGGUUCAGCACUUUGUAAUACCUGUCGCAAUUUGCAAUAAAAUUGUCGCACUUUGUAAUAACACUUGUCGCAAACUUGUAACAAAUUUGAAAUGGUUGUUCGGAGGACAAGUAAACCCAAUAAUAAGUAUAAUCAUCGACAACAACAACAACAGCUUUUUCCUUACAAAGUGCGACAGAACAAGCCCCCGUAUUUUGCGAUGAUAUUUUCAUUGCCUUGCCGUAACUCAUAAGCGAGAAAUUAGAAAUUAUCUUUCUGGGAAAAAUUUAUCGCUUUUGUUUGAAAAUGUCACGAAAAGAAAAGUUCAAGCAUGCCAUUUUAGAAACGGGCAGGGAACUUGAGUCUAAAUGCGCCCGCAAGUGUUUCUGGGGUGUCGUUACUAGGGACGCGCAGGUCAGCUAUUGACCAGUGUUUUCCAUGUCCCAAGUAACAUCCCCAGAAACCCUUACAAAAAGUUAACUUGGCCGCAGUUCCGUUCUCGUUUCUAAAGUGGCGGGAAAAGUUUAAAACGCGCAAUAACCGCUAAUCCUUGAUUCAGGCUGAUUGAGUCUAAAGUUUUUCUGACCCUAAAAACAAACCGGAUAAAACGAAGUUUUAAAUGUUUUAAAAACUUUUACUUUUUUUAAUUACAGAGGUAACACCUAACCACGGACUGAAAAUGGGCCAAUUUCCUCAAUAUUACUUUGACGGAAAUGCUCCGAACACCUUGGACACCAUUAAGACUAACUUCAUUUCUUUGUUGGGAGCUUUCGGUAUAUGUAGAGAUGAUCAGAAAUGCAAGAAAGACCUCGUAAAUGUACAAGUUGGUUAACCGUCAAGUACGUAGCGUUUUUUCUUUCUUUAUAAUACUAAAUUUCCGGUUUGGUCCCCAGCGCUUAGUAACAACGAACUUUACGCCCCGUUUAUAUGAGAAAAACCUGUCACGGGUAAAGGGGUCACCCACUACUCCCAGACGAGUCAACUCUAACCCCGGGGACGAGGGGAAGGGGAUACUUAAGAAAUUUUGGGUGGGGAUGUGCCGCUGGGACCCUGGAACCCUUAGCCUAAAACAACAGCUAGUUUAGCUGAAUUUUGUGACCCCAUACUAGACUAAACUCCCCAAAUCCCCACUAUCCUAGAGUAGCUUUUAGGCUGAGUUGCGUAAAUUUAAACUUGCCGAUUUAAUAAUAAUAAUAAUAAUAACAAUAAUAAUAAUAAUAAUAAUAAUAAUAGUAACAAUAAGAAUCUUUUAUUGAUAACAAAGCUAACUAUAAAAUCCUAUUUACAAUUAAUUUCACUUAAACUACUAUUCAGUCAAAGCACUAUUUACAUUAAUAGUAACUGUUUAUUCACAAAUCCAUGGAAAACUGAAAAGGAGUUAAAGGCGGUUAUCCCUUUCUAGUUUAUCUCCUUAUAAUAACAUAAGUUAAGAACAUAAAUUAUUUACAACUGUUUAAAAUACUAAAUAUAAAAUAUAUAAUAUAUUACACGGUUUGAAGAACUUAGUGUUCACUAGAAAAAUGUGCAAGAGGACAUCUCAGUCUGUUCUUAAAAGCGUUCAAAUUUUCCGUCUCAGCAAAAAUUCCUUUGGCAGAUUAUUCCACUCAUCGAUUAUGCGUAUAAAAAAAGAAUUUUUUAAAAAACUAUUUAAAGGUACGGAUGCAAACUCAAGUUUGAAACGGAUUGAAACGGUGAUUAGCUCAUAAGGAUCGAAAAUCAUGCAAACGUGAAAACUGCUGAGGGAUCUAGUCUAUUAAGAGGCUGUCCGCGUAAGAACCGAUAAGGCAAAUUUCGGUCUAUCACGGAUUGCCCUGAUUUUUCCAGUGGAAGAUAACUAUCCUAUCCCAUGAAGAAAUAUCACAUUUAUUUGGACCAACUCAUUUUUUUCUCUGUAUUACAAGAAGAUUUUCGCGGUCACCUAAAACUAGCCAGUUUGCCGUCGGAAGUGGUGCGAUUUUAAGGAAACUUUAGAGCUCUUGCAAACCUACCUUACAAAGCCGAAUAAGCUGAUUAUUUUACACACAAAUGUUUUAACUCUGAUUAAUAGUUUCAAGGUUUAAUGGUUACAUUCUGUGGAAAGUUGGCUGAGAUAUGAUUUUUUUAAAAUGACCUUUAAUUUGCUUAUCGGGAAAAGUAAUUUGCAUAACUAGAGCUGAACGGUAAUUUCGCGAAAGUGGCACCUGACCCAGACUCAAGUCUAUGAUAAAACAGAAGUACUAAGACCAGUCUACUUCAUAAUGCAAUAAAAUUUGUGGGCACUCCUCUUUGCGUGCUGUACUAAGUUCCGUUAAUGUUCCAAAAUUCACCAUUUUGACAGCAAAGCUGGAAUUGUAACGGUCUGCAUCUGGUCGACUAAUUUCCACAACUUUAACAUAUCUAGUUAUCACUAACUGUCAUUAGACCCUUUAAAUGUUGGACUUUCGAAAACAUGUGAAGAAAACUUGGUAAUCGCUUUUUCUUGGUUUUUUUUCUUGUCGACGAUGAACGUGACUUCAUUCUCCGUAUGCAAAUUAGCCUUAGAUGCGUCGUUUCAACAAAUUGACAGGAAAUAUAAUACUCGUAUUUCAUAUUUUUAAGGGAAAAAUAACUCUUCUUUCUACGGGAAAACACGAACGAUGUAUGACUUAGAAUCCCCUUGGGUCUGUUUCUUUUACGAGGAAGAAGCAGCAGAAGAAGAAGGUUUACGCGAAUUUAAAAAAUAGUUUAAUUACUGUGGCUCGUCACGCAUUCCGCCAGAGUGACCGUGUAUCGAUCAGUUCUUUUAUCUUAUUAUAUCUUUUUUGAGGUGAUAGAUAUUGAUAAUCAUACAAUUUAAUCACUGUUAAUUCCGAUUCUUUACUGGGUGGGAAAUACCGUGCUGUUGUAUUUAUUCAUUCUACGACCGUUUUAACUGAGUCAGUCAGUCAGAGGGCGCCACUAGGAUAGGGUUUAAUAUUACGGCCCAUGGUGUAAUACACGACAAUCAACCAAAAAGUAGUCACUUGGAAGAAAAGAAAAAGGCAUAGUUUUUUGUUUACGGUCCGUCUCCUGUUAAAACCCAAAAGUUUUUGCCGGCUGUUAAUCACACUAAAUUAAGGAUCCCUAUGUUGUCUAUGUUUACUACUGAGCUGAGUAGAGAAAAGCACGUUCACUCAGUGAAUGAAAGACGAAAGUUUGUAAAUUAGGUCUCCUUUUCUUUCCCUGGAUUUGAAUGGUAUUUUAAAGUGACACAACUUAUUUUUUUUAGCAUUACCCAGGGCUGUAGCUAGGUUUUUAGUGACGAGGGGCAUUAUCGCGAGAGCCGAAGGCACGAGCCUUGUAGGGAGGGUCUGGGGGUGUCCUCCCCUAGAAAAAUUUUCAAAUUUGGAGGCUCCGAAAUGCUAUUUUCAGCACUUGUCAUGAGAUAUGUCUCCGAAAAAUCAACCUCGAAGAUGAAAAUGGCAAACAAUUGCAAGUCACUAUAAUCAACAUAACUGAGUCCAAAGAAAACAAAUCCAUCCACAGACUUGAUUUGUCUGGCUCAACAGGUCCAGGGGAGGCAGCUGCCCUUCGGCUCUGUUACCACGUUGAACUGGCUUGGUUGAUCUUUCUUUGACAUAUACAUAGGUUGAAAGCUUCUGAUUGAGGGUGUUGUGGUCUCAGUUAUUCUUGAGUGAUUUCUGCAACAAGCUUUUGCCUUUCGAACACCUCGUCUUCUUGCUGCAGAUCUCUAUAGUCAAGUUCAAUGUAUAUUCAAGUUCAUUACAUUGGUUAUUUCGUCCAUUGCCUUAUUGUAAUUACACUUAGGACUAUGUUUAAGUGUUGACUCAAACGGGCCUAGAGUCCAACAUGGGCUGGCAAUAGGUGAGCACGGAAUUGGAAUGGGGGUGGGGGGAACUCCCUAUGAUGGGCUAUACGGGGAGGCUCCACCCGAGAGGGGUAUCUUUUUCAGGCUUCAGGUAUAUGAAAGGGUACGCAUUUCACUAGAUGAAGUAUAUGAAAGGGCGAGUGCGCUUAUUGCAGCCUUAGCAGCACCUUUGGCGGUUCUUAAAGGAAAAAGAACUAAGUUUAAGAAUUUAAGGAAAAGUAGAAGGACUUAAUUUUUCAGGAAUUAAUAUACAGAGGAGAAAUUUCACCCUUUAAGUAUAAAUGCUUGUAAAAGUAGAGGUGGAACCGGAGGGAGAGAGGGUGGAUCGUAAAGUAGGUUAAAAAUAAAGAGAUGGGUGGAGCACUUUGAUGGAGCACAUUGUUCAAGAGGGUAUAAAUACAAAAAAAAAACAGCAAUCUGGAGGCAUUUUUGAAGACUUAAUGGAAACGUUAUCAAAACAAGAAAAACAGAGAAAUCUUGUCCAAUAAACCUCUCCGGCAACGGUGUGGACAUGGUUGCUGACUGCUCAAUCGUACUCUUCUCGACCCUUUGGCGUCAAGUUUUUUCACGUUUCUUGCCACAGGAGGAGCAAAUCGGCUAUAUAAAGUUGAACUGAACAUUCUGGUACUUUUAAGUCUCACUAAUUUUUACAAAACCAGAGACAUGUUUUAACACUGUUUAAGUUCAAAAAGAUUGUUUUUAUUGCAAGAAUGAAAUAUUUUUCACAUACGUCCCAAGGACAUUCCUCUUAGAAAAUGGCAGGGGCGGGAAAGUCCUGGGGACGAGGUUGAAUCCUGACUCCGUGUAGAAAGUUCUUUCCUUUUUCCCCAUUUACAAUGCUCUUCAAACAAUCAUCAGAAAACUAUCUUCUACAACACACGGAUUAACCUUUAUGUAUAGUAUUUUAUAGGUGAGAAUUGAUUAGAGCAAGAUACACGGCUGUCAAAAAAUAGAAAUAAAUAAACUAUCUUUGCAAGCUCAACUAAACUGGAAACGAACAUCAGAAAACAUCGCAAGAUAAAAUGUUAAAUGGAGAAAUAAGAAUAUCUCUGUACGUUUAGAAAUUUUUUGCGUGAAGAAGAAAAAAGAAUGAUACUUACAUGAUGGAGCAAAACUUUGACUUAUUUCCUGCCACAGUAGUUGUUUUGCCAGUAUGAUCCAGAGUGUGACCGGGGUAUUGACAAGACCUUAGGCUCGAUUUCCGCCGUCUCCCAAUCCCUUGGGGGCUCAUUUUCCAGCACAGCGGCUUACAAUCGAGCCUAACAAGACCUUGGCGCUCGCAAAAACCUGCCAAGUAGGUGUCUGUGCCUUGGGCAGAUUGUCAUGUUGGUGUUAGCCUGUGUUCACACCACCCCCCGACCCCCUCGGAGAAGGGGCCCCUUCUCCGAUUUUUCCUAAGAGAAGGACGGGGGGUCUGUACACAGGCUAUUAGUGUCUGUGCCUUGGGCAGAUUGUCAUUUCAGUUCCGAAUACCUACCAAACACUCUCGCUAAAAUGAGUUCAUUUAGUCAUUGACUUUGCUACACUUAGGCAAGUGACAGCUGGCUAAGUGCGACGUAAUAUCAUUCAUGCACUCUGCGACCAACACAUUUCCCUCCACACCCCUACUGGGACCACACUCUGUCUUCACGAUCUCGCGAAAAGAACAGCUCUUUUAACAAUUGAUCUCUUUGGCGAUUUCAUUGACAUAAUUAUAUUUGAAACUGGCACCUGUUGCAUUAUAAUUCAAUUAGAUUGAAACCAAAACAAGAUCAUCUUGGGAAUACGGGUGUGACAGGAGCCCAUAGGCUCCUGACCCUAACAAAAACUAAAAACUGAGAUAAUCCCUUUUCCCCUUUUAUUCUGCUACCGAUAAAUGCUUUAAAGAUCUUUGAAUGAAACUGAAAUUUACAGCUAAUUUGCCUUUUGCAAAGCUAUACAUGGAUUUAGAUAGAAAAAGUGUGGGGCAUUUUUUUUAAUCAUAGUGCCGUGUACAACCCGGCAUGUGCAAUCGAUAAAACCGAUAAUCGAUAACAUUCGAUAACAAUCGAUAAAAAUUAGUAAAUUGUAUCGGAAAUCGAUUAAAAUCGAUAAAAGGACACGUUGUGAGUAAUCGAUAAUUAUCGAUUUUUAAAUUAAUGUUAUCGAUUUUAUCGAAUUUCUAAAAUGUAUCAAAUCUUCCAUAAAAACACUCUUACGAUUCAAUGAAUCAAGUAGGACGAAUUUAAAGAUUUAUUUAACAAAUCGAUAAUUGAAUGAAUACUGAUAAUCAAAUAAUAUUAACACGAUUCCCUGGCAUGAUUCAACGGGGAAACGCAACAUAACAUAACCGCUUUUUGUAUUUACUCAGAAACUGUUCAAGCUAAAUGUCGUAAUGACAUCCUACAAAUACAUGUACUACGAAGUACGAAGCUGCGUAGUUGUAAUGCUAGACAUUGUCUCCAGUAAAUGUUUUGUCAGCAAAACCCUCGCCGCCGCAAAAAUCAUACUACAAAUCAGAGCUAAAAUCAUUCUAUAAAUAAGUAAAACGGAGUAAAUGAUGAACUCCGCAACUAAAGCAGAAGAGAGGUAAUGAAACAAAAAUAACUGAUAUAAAUUUGAAAGGAACUCAACAUUAAGAAGCUCAGAAAACAUGUUUGUAAAUGCCGUCCGACGGCACAGCUAAUGGAAAAGUUGGCCGAGAACUUUGACUUAGAGCAACACCAAGUAAGCUUUUUCCUGGAGAUAUAAAGUAAAAUCAUCGAGAGACCUUGCGAGAAUAUACCGGGAAUAUAAGAGUCAAAAUGAUUAACCGGGAUACGGUUGCAUGCAAUAAACAUAUAAACAUAUAAAUUUGGUUUCUUUUUUUUUUUUUUUCCUUUUAGGUUAAAACAUGGUUCCAGAACCAAAGAAACAAAAGAAAAACAAAGAAUGAAGUUAAUGUGUUGACUGAAUGAAAUAAAUCCUUGGUUGCUUAAUGUUUCUGUUCAUUGUUUUAUAUUAAAUUAAAACGCUGUCCACAUAGAAGCAGUUUUAUAUUUUAUUUUGUAUGGUUUUUGAUACUCCGUUAAUAUCGAUUACUCGAUAAAAUCGAUAUCGUUAAAUACGCGGAAGACUGUGAGUAUCGAUUUCUAUCGAUUGAUCGAUAAAAUCGAUAUCGAUUAAUUAAAAAUUAUCGAUUGAUAUCGAUUUAUCGAACGGUUUUCCGAUAUCGGUUUUUAUCGAUUGGUCAUACCGGGUGUACAAACAUCUGAUAAGCAAAAAAGAGUGCCCACAAAUUUUAUCGUGGUGACAAGAGGACUUACCUUGCAAGUUAACUCUUAUUUUUAAUUAUUAUCAUUAACUACCAUUUAAAAAAAGAUGAUAAUAUAAUAAAAUUGAUCGAUUCAACGCUAUUGUUUUCUAAUCGACCGCCCCUCGUUAGGAAUGCGUGACAGGCCACGGUAAUUGAAUUAUUUUAAGCCACGCAAACGUAUAUCAUGAUAUAUUAUUCAGCUGCUUCUUCCUCGUUAAACAAAAAAAAACAGACCUUAAGGGGAGUCUAAGUAAUGGUUCGUGUUUUUCUGUGGAAAGGAGAGUUAUUUUUCUCCUUAGAAAUAUGAAAUGUAAGGAUUAUGUUUCAUGUCAAGUUGUUGAAACGACGCAUCUAAGGCUAAUUUGCAUACGGAGAGUGAAGUCACGUUCAUCGUCGACAAGAAAAAAACCAAGAAAAAGCGAUUACUAACUUUUCUCCACAUGUUUUCGAAAGUCCAAUAUCUAAAAGGGUCUAAUGACAGUUAGUGAUAACUAGAAACGUUAAAACUGUGGAAAUUAGUCGACCAGAUGCAGACCGUUACAAUUCCAGCUUUGCUGUCAAAAUGGCGAAUUUUGGAACAUUAACGGAACUUAGUACAGCACGCAAAGAGGAGUGCCCACAAAUUUUAUUGCAUUAAGAAGUAGACUGGUCUUAGUACUUCUGUUUUAUCAUAGACUUGAGUCUGGGUCAGGUGCCACCUUUGCGAAAUUACCGUUCAGCUCUAGUUAUGCAAAUUACUUUUCCGAUAGGCAAAUUAAAGGUCAUUUUAAAAAAAUCAUAUCUCAGCCAACUUUCCACAGAAUGUAACCAUUAAACCUUGAAACUAUUAAUCAGAGUUAAAACAUUUGUGUGUAAAAUAAUCAGCUUAUUCGGCUUUGUAAGGUAGGUUUGCAAGAGCCCUAAAGUUUCCUUAAAAUCGCACCACUUCCGACGGCAAACUGGCUAGUUUUAGGUGACCGAGAAAAUCUUUCUGUAAAAUAGAGAAAAAAUUGAGUUGGUCCAAAUAAAUGUGAUAUUUCUUCAUGGGAUAGGAUAGUUAUCUUCCACUGGAAAAAUCAGGGCAAUCCCUGAUAGACCAAAAUUUGCCUUAUCGGUUCUUACGCGGACAGCCUCUUAAGUCUGUUUAUUGUCUUAUAACCGAUCGGUAAGGCCAUCCCCUCUUUUUUCUUCGUUUACUGUCGAAUGCGUUUCCUGAUAUUGGGUCGGUCGGUCGGAUUGAAAAAAAAAAACGUAAAAAAAGUCACAAGAAGUCUCGGAAUAGUAGGCCCUGGUACCCCAGAACGACGUUAAAGGUUAACAUUCAGAUAUCAGUGGAUUAACAAAAUGUACAAUAUACUGUGAAAAAUGUUCAUGUUUUUGUUCCUGUUUUUCUCUAUGCUGUUACUAUGCUCAUUUUUCAGAUUAAAAGAAUUAUUUCAAGUGAAAAACGGUGUAACUACGUCGUUACGUCGUCGAAAAUACCAAAAAUUUGGGUCGGUCGGACGACGGUAAACGGAGAAAAAAAAGAGGAUUGCCUAAGCGACGAAAAUGAUCGUCUUUGUUGAAGUGUUGGCCAUUUAAGGAACUUUGGACGUUCUUUGUAGGACAUGUCUCGCCCAAUAUUUCAAAGGGCACAUUUGAAUGCCGCUCUACGUUGUACUUUCUCCAAGGUGCGUGAGCCUUUUUUGAUGAGGUGAGGACACCAAACCUGGAGAGCAGUACUGGAGUAUCGGACGUUCUAGACUCUUAUAAAGUUUCGAAAACACUCAGGAUUUUUAGGAACCACCGCUCGUCUUAUGAAUCCAAGCACACUGUUUUCCUUAUUUGCACAUUUGUUGGCUUGCAUACUCCAUGACAGGUUCGAAGUAAUGUAAAUUCCAAGAUCCUUAACGACUUCAGAUACAGCUUUUGACUUUGUUAUAUUUUUGAGUGGCAAUUCCUGGUUUCCCUAGUCUAGACUAAAAUUGUCAACCAAUUGAUCAGUUUCCUGGAAAAUGAUAACCUUGCUCUUUUAGGUAUAAGUCAGUUGAAGUGACCAUGAUGCGAAGACUGUCACACUCGCAGUCUUGGCCGUCUUUUUUACGCACUUUUCCAAAACAAUCCUCGAGGAUUUUGAUGAGCUCUUCCUCCGGUUCAUAGCUUUCAAUUGUUGGUCGUGACCCUUUUGUUCUGCCCAAUAUCUUCAAACUUUUAGCCAUAGCUUUGUUGAGUGUUUUUGUUUUUUACAUUUUCCUUUAAACUGUCAAUUAAGUUGCUGUUACUGUCUUCAAAUUGGUCCGCCAUUUUUUUUAAAGGCAGCCGAUUUGUAGCUUUGCCUACCUGUCAAUCAUCACCUUUUUUGAACUAAUUUCAACUUUCUGCACUCAAUUUCACGUUUUUUGCACUAUAUUUGGGAUAAUUUGACAAGUUUCCAGAUAAUAAUAAUAAAUUUUUUUCCUGCAGGUUGAAACAUACCGUUGCGCACUGAUGAUUGAAUGAUGCAUUGAGGAAAUUAAUUUAGAAAGGAAAGAAAAUACCAACUUAAGGCUACUAGAGUAACGACAUGUAAAACACAAAAGUAAUAAACAGCGUUCUAACCCCACGUUGUUUUCUUAAGUAUCCUCAUUAUUGUAUUAUAUGACUCCAAUCUAUAAGGUCAUUAGGGAAUCUUACACGUGUCUUUCUACCGGAAAAAAGGUCAUUAUUUCUGUAAUUUAUCUAUUUAUUAAUUUUAUAAUAAUAAUAAUAAUAAUAAUAAUAAUAAUAAUAAUUAUCAUUUACGUCCUCUCGAACCACUGACUGUGGAGACGGCUGACUAACGCUGUCCCAGCUCCUCCUAGGAAACACAACAAUAAAAAAUGGACAAGAUCGUCUCGUAACUGCCAUCAGUACGACUUUUGUUAAAACCUUUCAUAAGUUGACUUUGUUUUGCGAGCGCUGGCGUCGUAGAGGUUGUAGAGCAGUGUUCAAAACUGGAAAACUCUGCAGAGGAAGGUUUCCAAGUGUUUGAAAAGUCAGAAGAGAAAAUUUUCGACCAUUUCACCGUUUUUAGUUUCUGCUACAGGAAGGAAGAGGCAGUUCAUGUAGAACCUCGACUCAACGGAACCCUUUAUAACGAAGCCCUCGCGCAGUAGAAAAACGAUAUUCACGCACGUCAUUAUAAAAUCAGUAAAAUAUUUAACGAUUAUUGCUCGAGCCCGAAUGGGCUCUGAGUCAAUAGCCCAUGAGGCCGAAGGCCGAAUUGGCUAUUGACUCAGAGGCCAUGAGGUCAAAAAUAUCGAGAAUAAAAAAAAUUUAGCUUCUUAAGGCUAGACUUCAAUCCUUUUUUACCGCCAAAAAGCCGGCGCUUUUCGCUACUAGUGGGCUAUAACAUAUAGCCUAGUAGUAGCUCAACCAAUCAGAACGCAGCAUUGAUAAUAGACCACUAGUUGCAUAUUCAUAUUACUAAACGGAUAUAACCAACACAUUCUCUUGGCCCUUCCUUAUAUGGAGUUUCCACAGUAAACACUUUUCGCUGCCAGUCUCGUUCUCUAAUGGAAUUGUCUAGUGGGAGAUGGAAAGAGACGAUGGCGCCUGCGCGGACAUAUCAGGGACCUUACGAAACUACGACGGUGACUGCAACGGCAACGUCAAAAGGCAAUAGGUAUAUAUUUAGCAAAACAACAACUCUGCACGUGCAUCACGAUUUUUUGUACAUUUUUUUGUCGUCCCUCCACGACUACGACUUGAAAUGACCAAAUUUUUAAGUCUUUUUGAGAAUGGGAACGGCAAGGCGAAAAAGUCUAGUAUCUCUGUCUGAACUCGGGCGCGGCCCCAAUCUUCAGCUCCAACAUAAAUUCCCUUCUUUUUAGUAACUGGUCGACUUGAGAUAAUCGCGAAAUGGUUUGAAAGCAUGCGGAAUCUUUUUUUCAGCGACCUGUUAAUGAACGUCGCCGUUGUCGGAUCGUAAGGUCCCUAUUAUUAGUUCUUGGACCUCAGAGACCUUACAUUCCUCGCAUUCUAAAACCAGAUUGACAUAUUUUAUUUACCAUUACUGGCUUUUUCGGCCCCCUUCAAGCAACAGUGGGUCGUAUGACACGAAGGCGACUUUCUAAACUGCCAAUUCCGCCUCCUUAACUUUUUCUUCCAGGUUAGACCACAGCCCUCCAGUAAUAGUUAUCAUUAGUGUGCACAAAUCAACGGUGCUUUGCUAUACGCGCACUGUUACAGAGUUUCGCUUCAGAUUUUGUCAUUUGUAGACGGUUUUUGGAGAUGGCUAUUCAUUUUAUCAAUUUCAUUCCGUGAAUAUACUCUCAACAAAAAGCAGGCAAUUUUCCCGUUUUCCGUCUUAGCGCCCCUCCCUUCCGAAUAAUUGUAAAACAGUUAGAGUCGAAAGACAAAGCUAAUUGUGUAUACAGACAGCCUGGCUUAAGGGUCCUUGAAAGUUUCAUCGAUCAUGGCGAAUCGAAAACAUUCACAGGGCACGAUCGAAUACGAGGGAGAGUUCUGGCACGCGCGAGACGAGUGCUUCAAGUGCGCAAUGUGCAAGACAUCACUGAUUGGAAGGCAGUUUCUUCGUCAUCCAAAGAAGAGCAAGAUUUUCUGUUCCACCGAUUGCGCCAGAAGAUGCUAGACUUGGUUAUUAGAGAAGUUUGUUUUUAACAUCCUGUUGGGUUUUAUCAGACAGUAGACGGUGCUUAGGUUUUAGAAUUUUUUGUUCGAAACGACGGUGGAGUUACGAUUUCAAUAGGUAGAGUUAAUUCUCUUAAGCUGGACAGUCACGUUUGAAGGAAUUUGUUAAAAAUAGCGCCAGUAAGAAUUUCCUUAUAAGUUAUUAUUUAGAAAACAAACUGUUAUUUCGCUCUCAAAACCACAAUCCACCGGGACUGAAUUAGACCGAAUAUAGCAAGACAAAUUCAACCACCUUUCAAGCUAAAUACGCGUUUCCCGCUGUUGAUGUCAGCAACAUAUUUUCAGUUUUUGAAAUAUGAGGUAUAAUGUUUGUUACUGCUGAAUUGAGAGAGAGAAACCUCUCCAAUUUACCUGCAUCCGGUUUUUUCAAACCCGUGUAUAGAACUAACCACUUGUGUCAACUUAGAAUAAGUCACGAACUCUCAUACAGAUCUUCUGGCACUGGGUUCACAUACUUAAAAGGCCAAAGAGUUUUCUCAGUCACUUAUUCCUGGGACUUGACAUUCAGAACCCAGUUAGACCAAGUGGAUAGCGACCACGAGAUUAAUCAUAGAUAAAUGUGUUUUCGACGAUUUUGUUAUACAUUCAACCAGGCCAUUAGAGUUGAAAAGGUCUUUUUAUUCUCAGAGCUCAAUCACCUACACCGUGUAUGACGGCUGAUAUCAUUAACACUGUUGUUUCACUGUCAACACAUUUAAAAUGCUUGCUUUCCACUCUUGACUUCGCAGGUUACACGAUUCACUAUAACUUUGAGUUUUCAUUAGUUCCCCUCGCUUCGUUUUGUGGCCACUAAGUUGGCCUAGUACAACGCGUUUUUUUAAUUUUCGUUGUUGUACUGUCAGAGACCUUCAGAUUCUAAGACGAGGACGGCUACAUUACUGGGAGAACGAAAUUUUCCCAAUAAGGAGCUUAAGGAAUGAUGAGGCGACGGCAACGAGAACGGCAAAAAAGCAAUAGGUUUGAUUAGCAAAACAGCAAUUUUGCACGUGUAUCACCCUUUUUUUGUACAUUUCUUUGCCAUCGUUGCACGAUACAACGUGAAAGUGCCUAAAUUCACGUUUUGUUGCGGACGGGAACACACGACAACAACUUUGUUUUUCUUUUCCUAAACUUUCAUACAGUCCUGUAGAAUUCAAAGCCAAAAACAUUUGACAAAGUAAACGAGAUGGAAUAAGCUUGUUAAUGUUUGGGCAUGAAGCAGCGCAAAUUCACGUUUAAUCGUAGCCGUCGCCACCGUUGUACCAAUAGGGAGUUUUAGCAUCGACGAAGGGCGACGGCAGCGAAAACGUCACUUUUAAAAUGAAUUAGCGUUUUUUCAAACUUUUUCGCGUUUAUUCCGAUUCGCUGAAAAUGUCUGAAGUUGGCAAAUUUCUCUAAAGUUGAUUUCUUGGGGACCGCAUGCAAGUUAAGAAAGAGAAAGAAAAUUUCGUCGUCGCUUGUUUACGUCCUCCAUAAAACGUGAAAUUAGGCAUUUUCACGUCGUAGUCGUGCAGUGACGGCUAAGAAAUGUACAGAAAAGCGUGAUGCACGGCCAAACCUGUUGUUUUGCUUAAUAAACCUAUUGCUGUGUUGACGGUCUCGCUGCCGUCGCCGUCGUCGUUGCUAAAACUCCCCAAUUAGUGGGCGCCGCGCGUGAACCCUCGUCAUUAGGGACUUUAAGAUCAACCGACGCGGACGGCAACGAGACCGUAAAAAAAAACAAUAGUUUUCUAUAAGCAAAACAGCAACUUUCCACAUGCAUCACGCUUUUUUUGUACAUUUCUUUGCCCGUUUUUGCACGACUACGACGUGAAGGUGCCCAAUUUCGCGUUUUAUGGAGGACAUAAACAAGCAAAGACGAAAUUUUAUUUCUCUUUUUGAACUUGGAUAUUGGCCCUAGGAUUUCAGUUCCAGGAGGGUUCACCUACAUUUGACAAAGUAAGUGGGUAGGAAUAAUUGCGAUAAAGACUGAAAGAACGCAAAUUCACUUUCUAAGCGACGUUCUCGUUGACGUCGCGUCGUUGGAUUUUUAAGUCUCUAUUUUGGCGGAAAACGCGAUAGUCGUCGUCAUUCUACUACAGGUUUUUUGAGAAAAUGUCAUAGUGGCGGAAACAAGUUAUCAAAUGUUCGUGGUUUAUCAUUUUGUUAUCAGGAGAGGGCGUAACCUCCUUCAGUAUAAAUAACCGUCCUAACUUUUUUGGUGAAAAAAACGUAAAAUGAAGCUUUCUGGGUUGUUUACUUGUUUGUUUAAAUCUCGCCCCCGUAGUCUUCCGCGUUCUCGAAUCUAAAGCUCUAUAAAUAUAGAUUGAAACACUGAGUAUGGUGAUUCAUGAUUAAUUUUGUAAAGGAGGACACAAACAGGUGGUUCCUCAUUUUAUGGGACAAAAUAUUGAUUAACUGUUAAGAUUGAAGCAAUAAAGACAUUGCUAUCGAAAGGAUCGUUCAGUGGUAUAUACAUAUGGUAAUUUGUACAUCAUAAGCAUUACCCAAAUCUGGGUAGUGACACAUCAACAAUGCAGAAUUUCUGCGCUAGUUCGUCAGGCGUCAUUUCGCCGGUGCAGCUAGUGGUUGGCUAUUUGCAACCCCUAGUUUUUGGUAUGCAAAUAGAACUUUUACCAUCUUUGCCAUAUAUUUACUCCUCAUUUUUUACAUAUUUGCAAUUUGUAAGGAGCAAAUUUGAGUAAAUCCACCGUCUUCGUCCAGCAACCUGACGGGGGUGCGGUGGGGAGACAGGUAACAUAGCAUGGGGUCCUAGGGAGAGCUUGCUCGCCGACUGCGAGCGCGGUCGUCCUUCUUUCCUCAGAAAUUAUGAGAUGUUCUACGCUCGGGCUUCAGCCCUCGUUCCGCUUGCACCUCACUCUUUCUCUAGACCUUCUGUGACUCAAAAGAAAAAUAAGAGACUGCUCGCAGUCUAUCAGGUCUAUGGAUCCGCCCCUGGUUAUUCAGAGCCCUCUGCCCUUAAUUCCGUAAGAGAACUGAUUGCUUUUCUCACCGAUUUUAAUUUCUAUUGCAAGCAUUUACAUGGAGAUCAAAGUUUAGAAAAAGUUAUUUUUUUAUUUGUUUAACAUGUGGAACUGAAUUCAAAGUCGCGAUCGUAUUUAUGCAUUGUUUGAAUUGUAUCUAUUCGUAUCUGUAUCUAUGUUACAGCGUCAAACUCAAGAGACUAGACAGCGAGAAGUCGUCCUUCAUUCCCCAGAGCUACGCGCGCUGGGCGAAAAAGUAAAAUUAUGUAAGUUAAUAGUAAAACGGCCGAAGAAAGACUGGGGGCAGGGGCGGGGGAGAGAGUGUUCGCAGUUUAACCAAGAGACCAAACUGUGCAAGGAUGACUGAUAAAACAGUUAUUCAAAUGUGCGAAAAUUCUCGCGUAGAAAAGUUGAAACCCACUGUGAUCUACAGCUGAAUAAAGAUCUUUGUUCAACAAAGUGAUCCAUCAUCAACUCCAGAACAGCUAACAAAACAAUAAUUAUUGUAGAGUUCAUGAAUAUCUAUCAUCAGUACGUGUGCAAUCAUAGUUUUCGUAUGCCUGCGCGCAAGUAAAAGGUGAUUCUUUUUUUUUUUUUGCCUAUAUACUGAGGAGUAUUCGUUGUAGUUGGAACGCGCUGACAUGAAGUUUCUGCAAAGUUUGAUUGCUACUGUUUUCUUGACAAAAUUCACUACUGCGGCAAUUACAGGUAAUCGACUUUACUAUUAGGAAAAAGUUAGCUUUUCUGUUAUCACAGGGUCAUGAAUGGGGCGCUGGCUGCCGGUUACGUCCUGUUACGGUCGAUGCUUAAUUUGUUCCUCAUGCGGCUUACGUCUCAUGUUUUUCUAUUAUAUAUAUUGUUAAUAGGAAAAUCGAAGAUUUAUUAAAUUUUCUUAGAGUGUAAAUUAUUUCCAUUGUUGUAUAGGUCCUUUUGGGACUACGCCAGGGUGGAAACAGCUAAAAUAAUAUCCUUUAUCCACAAGACAUACCCAACGAUUUGAACAGGUUCUACUGACACGACCAGGCACUAAUGCGACUACCUAAUCACCCAUCCCCACUUAACAUAGUACUCUGCUUAGGUGAUCGUGAGAAGGAAUGCAUAUAUUUUAACACAAUUUCAACUUUAAGUACAAGAUAAAAAUAUGAAUGGGCAUUUUUUUGUGGGCUUUUAUAGUACAUUAGUAAGGUAGAGCUUCAGUUUGUGAAGGAAGAAGUUAUGUUCGGACGCGAGUACAGUGGAACCUCGAUUUAACGAAGUGCCAGGGGACUGGGGAAAUGUGUUCGUUAUAUCGAGGGUUCGUUAUAUCGAAAACCUCGAUUUAACGAAUUUUUGGGGAAACAACUAAAAUAUUCGUUAAAUCGAGGUUCGUUAUAUAGAGGUUCUGUUCCAUACAUUUUACUAUAAUUUUGCCCGAGCUGAUGAAAAUCUUUUGUUAAACCGAGGAGUUCGUUAUAUAGAGGUUCGUUAAUUCGAGGUUCCACUGAAUUUAAUAUUCAUCGUGCUUAUGAAAUAAAACAACGAGUAUAGAUCUUCAUCAUGCGUUAAUGAAUACGAGUAAAUUGACUGUAUCAAAAAUUAAUUCAAAAUCACCCAUCAACCAGAGGUGUACAUGUGACCCGAAAACGGCCCAUUGAUUGGUGAAAACGUAAACCCUUUAAGUCCCAAGAGAAAGAGUCAUCAACAUCAAUUUUUCUCCUAACAAUAUCGAUACAUCGUCAAAAGAAAAUGUUACUCUCUCUACUAGUUUUUCAAGGAAAUGUAAAGAGAUCAAUAUAGAGAAUUUGUAUGUGGAUAUUGGGGCUUUGAAUAAAGGGUUAAUAAAUUAAGAAAUGAAUUUUACAACGCUUUUGUAAGAUGUGUUGAGCCUUCAUGAAAAUUCAUCUCCUGUAUUAAAGUUCUGUGUAAAUCUUAACAUGACACAAAAUCUUCGUUUUUAAAGUGACAACUAUUUUGAUUGUGUUAAUCAUAUUUCAGAUACGGAGCCUCCAGUUUUAACUGAUUGCCCAAGCGAUAUCUUAAUUGAAACCGGCGACUCUGAGGUUCGUGUAAAUUGGCCGCGACCCAACGUUACAGACAAUUCUGGUGCUCCUCCAUUACUCACUUCAAACCGACAGAGUGGUUCUCUUUUUAGUGCUCCUGGUUCAUACGAAGUGAUUUAUACGGCAAGAGACUCGUCUGGAAAUGUAGCCACAUGUAGCUUUCGCAUAACUCUGAAGAGUAAGUAAAAAGUUUGUGUUGGGCGACAUAUGGCAAUCUCGACCCAGAGCUCUUCUACGCAUGUCGAGGAGAGAGAUCGAGAGCGCAUUCCCAAACCCGUAAGCACUGGGGUCGAGAAUGCGACACAUGGGCGAAGUACACCCUACCUUUCCAGCCUCCUCCUUAGGCGCUUCGUUUUUCGCAUGGUAAAGGUGAGCGUGAAAAGCGAAUGACUGAUGAUGAACCGCAAGGAGCCAUGGGAAGAGUACAGACGGCAGGCGAAGCGCGUGUCGCGCGUUGUCUCCUUCCUACCUUCCUUUGGGUGCACAUUUUCAUAGAGAGAGAGACGUCUGGGUACGAGGUAGCCACCUUUCUUUACUCCCUUUAGUUAACUCUCUAUAAGACGGACAUCUCUCUAAGACGGACUCUUAGUGCCCGGGGGGCGUCAUUCCUGGGAAUUCUCGUUAGGGGUGUGCCGCCAAGUUCUUCAAAUCCUGACCCGAUGUCAGAUACGUUCAUACACGCCAACCAUACCCGAUUCCAGACCAAAAUGGGCAAAGUGUAUACCCGUUUACAGAACAAAACGGCACAAAAACCCCACCCGAUGGGGCGGCACAUACCUAUAUGGCUUAUAUGAGGGAGUACCCCCCCGGACACUUAGUGCCGGUCCUAAAGGUGUCCCGCGUCUUAAAGAGAGUUGACUUUACAUGAAUGUCCUACCGUUCUUUUUUUGUUUCUUUCUUUUUUAUUGAGAAAAUCUCAGAUGUGAUUAGUUUUAAAAGAGUGAAACUGAAAUUGUUGUCCUUACCAUCAUGUACAUUAUGUUUGCUGACUGACCAGGCUUUCCAAAAGAGGGGACAGACAGGGCCAUGAAGCUUAAUGCCAAAAUUAGUGAGAUCGCAAGUCCGAAGACUGUUUUUGACAAAAAAUUACCAGCCUUGUCUGCCAUUUACAUAGGCAAACCCGUCGGUCCACGGUUUGGACAAGUAGUGAGCAAAAUGUAGGACUGGUAGAUUUUGUCCCCGAAUAGCGUUCCGUGGUUUGCCGAAAACCGGCCGCGAAGUGGGAGGAGGGGAGAGGGGGAAGCGAGGAGGAUAUUUUUUAAAGAGGCGAAAUAUUUUCAUAUCCCCCUAAUUUACACAGAAUUUUUUUGAUACCCCCUCCCCCCUUCUUUACUAAACUGAGAAAAAUUCACAACCCUCCCUCUCCCAGUUUUAAUGAGGAAAGUAAAUUGUGGGCAGUAUGACGACAGUGAUAAUGAUGAUAAUGAGAAUAAAAACAAUUCGUGACGUGGAAAAAUAAUGUAUAAUAACUGACUCGUUCCCAGUCGUCUCUCUUGAGAAAGGAGAGAAGCGCGAGGGGUAAGGGGCUCUCUCCUUUCCUCCUUCCCAUCACCCCUCGCGCUUCUCUCCUUUCUCAAGAGAGACGACAGGGGAAGAGUCAGGUAUAAUAAUGUGGAUAGCGCUGGUUGACUGCACAAAGUAAAGGACAUUACAGUUUUAGUCGUAAUCACAAAAACAUCCUUCACUGAACUAGACAAUAAGCAACUUCACUUGUGUAGCGGUUUAUCAGUAACGUUACAAAUACUUACUCUUUCAAUGGCAUCUAAAAGAAUUGGCAUCCCCCCUUCCUGCCUUCAGAAAUUUUUACCAUCCCCGGUCUUUUCUCUUCAAAAAAUGAAUACAGCCUAAGUUUUGAAGAAAUGCAAUUUCUUUUGGAACAUUCCCACCUGGAAAACAGGACUACCUUUUAAAAAAUUCCGUUGCUCCCGGAAUUUUUCAACUGGAACUACCCGCAAAGUCGUGUUCUAUUUACUUUUCAAGCGGAUAUUUCCAGAAACUGUUUGGAAAUGGUUAACAAUCAAAGACAUAUUCAACACUAAUUUGCUUUGCACAGGGCUUUGGCACCUUCUUUUCUGCUGUUAUUUGCAAGUUUUUCUAAACUAUUGAUUUAAUGGUCUUUAAUGUGUAGUUGCCCUCGGCUUAAUUCCAGGAGCUGAUUACUGGUUGGGGUGCCGGGGAGGGGGGUGAAAUUAACAGUUAACUGAUGACAAAAAUAGAGGUUAGUCCCGAUGUCUCAUGUAGACAUCUCAGUUGUAUACCGGGCUCCUAUUUUCUCAAAAGCUCACGGGAUUAUUCAAAGAAGGACAGAUCCAGAGCCGUGAGUGCUUUCUUGCAGUUUAAGUCUUAAUUUCAGGGCGUUUUCCAUUUGUCAGUAAACUGUCCGGGCAGACCCUUCCCGUCGUAAUGAGAAUUUCACUUUUAAUCAAAACUAUUCAGCCAGAUCAGUCAAAUCCUAAAUGGUAUACCCGAAUGAGAUGGUGCUUCAGCAAGCGGAAAAAACCUUUUGAAAAAGCCGAUUUCAUUUGCUAACUGACUGCUCCGGCCGGCUAGUUCUAUUCUGACAAAUGGAAAGCGCUCUAGGACUCCGCUAAGAAGCUGUCUGAAGCGCUCGUUUUGUAACCUCAUAAGGAACAUGAGCUCACUUAUCAUUUCAACAUAACUUAUAAACGCUUGUUGCAUCUAAAUCAGUGUGUAUCAUUUUCUAUUUAUAUCCUGUUUUCCAUGAAUUUACUACUUUUCGUUAACAGAGAAAACUUGCCCCAUUUAUCCUCCCCCUACAAACGGAGCCCUUGCCUGUUUGCCUGAUGACUCUGCAUGUGCUGUGAUGUGUAAAGGCGGCUUCGACUUUGUCUCAAAUCCCGCAUGGCUGUAUUUGUGCAGCAAAGCACAAUGGAUUACCAUACCAUUUCCCACUGGAUUACCUUGGCCCAACUGCUCUGGUAAGAUUUUCAUCAACAUGGGAACUACUAGACUGCAAAACAGUCCUUAUCUU